GAAAUAUCAAUAAGCAAGAAGUCCUAAACAGCUAUAAUAAUGUCGACAGAUCUCAAUGCAAGUUUUAAUGAACAAUUCAUGAAUAUAAAUGCUAAACUCAAAAAACGUUUCAUGAGGAAACCUAACAUAACAGAAGCAACAAACGAGUUUAUAGGCUUAGCAAUACAGUGCGAACAUUCCGAGCAGCCCGCAUUCGCUGGUCAUGCAUAUGUAGGUGCCGCCAAGUGUGAGGCAUCUGCUGGUAACUACCUGGGUGAAGCAGAACAGUAUUUGGCUGCAGCACGGCAGUUUAUGAAGGCUGAACAGAAACUUAUUUCUCUUAAAUUCUCUAGUCCAGAGAGAGAGAAUUUAGAGGCAGCCAUAGGAUGUUUCAUGCAAGCAUUAAAUAAAUACCCAGAACAGUCCCUAAUACGAACAUCUAUACUCAUGGAGUUGGCAAACAAUCUGGUCAGCUUCGACUAUAAGUUAGAGGCUAUAGCAUAUUAUGAACAGGCUUUAAAAAAUAUUGAAAACAAUACAAUGAAGCUGACAUGUAUGAGAACAAUACUUAACUUGCUCAUUGUAUGUGAUAAAUGGGAUAUUGCUCUUGACACAGCAAAUACAAUAGUUGAUAAGAUUGUGGACAUUCCUGAAAAUAUUCUAGCAGAGGUUCAAAUCAGCAGAGUGCUCCUGACAUUACUUGUGAAACCAGUGGAUGAAAGUAGACCAGAUUGUCUAAAAAACUUGUUUACAAGUAUACUCAAUGAUUGUGACAGUGAUGCAUUUCCAGUAAAUGUAGAUUUGAGACUAAAACUCCAGUCUAUCAUAAUAUCAAACACUACAGGCGAUGUGAACUCACUGAUUUGUGUGUGUGCAGACACCAAAGGAUUCCUGACUAUGCAGCAAGCAUAUUUACUGGACAAAAUAAAUUCUGAAAUUAGGUUAACACAAUAUUGUGAUAAUGUUAGAUCUUAUUUAGCGUAGUUUAGAAUAUAUAAAAAAAAUUUAACAUGAUGAUGUGCAAGAAGAUUGUACUGUAUUUAAAUGUAAAGCUAAUUCACGCUUCACAUUUAUUUUGGCUGUUCCCGCCAUUUAGGCAUAGGUAGUAAAAAAUUAGCCUAUAUUACCUUUUAUAAAGGACCAAUCUUUGGGCAAAUCAAUGAUUUCUAUGUGGUAUGUGUAUGGUUCAACAUUGGACAGUAUGUACUCAUGAUAAUAUAGCCUAAUAAUAAAUGCAAGAUACUGAUGACGACCUCGGUGGUCUAGCGGUCUAGCACACCGCUUUACGACCGAUGGUCGCGAGUUCGAUUCCUCGCACGGCACAAACAUUUGUAUUCAUGAGUAUGAUUGUUUGUAUCGGUCUGGGUGUUUUCUAUAUAUAAUUUGUAUGUAUUUACUAUCUACUACCCAUAACACAAGCUUUAGCUAGCUUAAUUUGGGUCUAGAUGGCGCGGUGUGAAUUAUCCUGAAAUUAUUAUUAUUACUGAUGCAGUGUCCAUAGAAAGCUGUAUAGAUGCUGGAUGUUUCUAAAAACUCUGUAUUGUAUCAGAGAUAACAAGUUCACAAGAACGCAGAAUUUAGCUAUAUAUAUUAUUCCAAGUAGAUUUUAUGUACAAUAUUAUUAUAUGUAGAAUGUUUAGAUCUUUAAAAAGAUAAACUUGUAAUUAUGAUAAGAGAAACAUAUGAUUCAGUUGUAUAUAAUGGAAUGUAUAUUGUAAGUGGACUAUUUAUAGUAAUAUUGUGAAAUAAUAAAUAAUU